AGGUGUUUUUAGGGCCUUGGAUAACGAAGACAAAAGAAAAAGAAAAAGAAAAAACAUUGGGAUCCUCUUGAUUAAUUAAGAAGAAUGAUGAACCCGAUGAAUCACAUGGCCACCCAUUUUCCAGGUGAUAUGGGUGGCUAUGGACAACAUCACACAGGCCCCGGACCAGGUUCACCUGCCCAACAGCAAGCGCACGGUGCGGGCGGACCGGUCGACGGCAUGAAUGGGUUUCGCGCUAUGCAACAACAACAACAGCAACAGCAACAGCAACAACCGGCUGGACCCAAUGCCAUGUUCCAGGGGCCAGCCAUGGAAAGCCAACAGCAAAGGUCGAUGAUGGGCAGCAAUGCGCACAUGGCCGGCGGUCAAGUGGUGACUAAUAAUAUGAUGAACGGCUCUUCGAUGGCGCUCGGGCCUGGUCCGAUGAACGGCAUGAUGAACAUGCAAAUGCCUCCUCAACAACAGCAACAACAGCAACAAUCUCAGAUGGGUGCAGGCGGCAUGCAACAGCAGCACAUGAUGCAGCAACAACCGCAACAGCACAUGGGCGUGCACAUGGACGGCAGCAAUAUGGUGGGAGGCGGUGGCGGUGGUCCAGUGGUGGGCCAGCAGCAACAGCAAGGCGGCAACGGCCAAGGAGUCAGAGCCUGCGCCGGAUGCGGUGGCAAGAUCCUGGAGCGUUUCCUCUUUCACGCGCUCGAUCGUUUUUGGCACCACGGAUGCCUCAAGUGCUCCUGUUGCGGGGCCCGUCUCGCCGACAUCGGCGUCUCGUGCUACACUAAAGCCGGAAUGAUCCUCUGUCGAGCCGACUAUGUCCGGUUAUUUGGGAGUUCGGGAGCGUGUUCAGCGUGCGGUCAAGGAAUUCCUGCCAAUGAAUUGGUGAUGAGAGUCGGUGGCGCUGGGCCGGCCGGCGGUCCUGGCGGAGGAGGAGGAGGAGGACCUAACGGAAUCCAUCCGCCAUCAGGUGGCGGCGGCGGCAAUGCGGCCGGCGGCGUCUAUCACGUCAAGUGUUUCGCCUGUACCAAAUGCCAGACGCAAUUGAUGCCCGGCGAUCGGUACGCCCUCAUCGGCGGCAGUUUGUUGUGCGAACAGGAUUGCCACAAGAUGAUGAAGAACAACAACAAUAACAACAACAACAAUAAUAACGCCAACAACAAUAAUCACGCCGGACCCGGCGGCGGUGGAGCGGGUGUCGGUGGGGGUGGCGGAGGUGGUGGUGGCGGUGUCAACCAACCACCGGGAGCAGGUGGUCCCGGAGCGACGGGUACCAACGCCUCAACGGGUGGAAGUGGGGGAGGUCCCGUCCGGAAAGGCAAAGUCGGCCGGCCGAGACGGAGUCGAGAUUAAAUUUUGUUUUUGUUUGUUUUUUGGUUUUGUUUUUUUUGUUUUUUUUUCUCUUAAAUAAUCCUCCCGUUUGAUCGUUAUUUACUUAAUUUCUGAUGUAAUGAACGAGAAAAACAAAAUGGCGGGGUUUAAAAAAGAAAACGUGUAUGUUUAACAGAUUAAAAUAAUGAACAAUUUUGUUUGAACAGUAACAAAUCGUUGAAAACAAAGCGGAAAGAAGAAAAACAAAAAUAGACCUUUGUAUGUGCGUGUGUGUCUGUUUGUAUAAAAAGGGGUCGAUCUGAAUUGUUUGAAAAACAAUUUUAAAGUAAAACAAAACAAAAACAAAUGGGAGGAAUAACGAUGCUAAUAAUUAAUUAUUACGAUGAAGAUGACACGUGUUUGUAUUUUGCCUCCCUCCCCAGUUGAAUUGAAAUUGUCUCGAUUUUCUUUUGUUUUUGCUAAGCUCGCGUGUGUGUCUACACACAUUCUAUACCUUCCUUUUCUUGAUUUAAAACAAACAAAACAAACCGUUGGAUAACAGAACAAAAACAAUAAUAUUGCAAAAAAACAAAACAUAUUGGGAGAUCUCUCGCGCUCCGAACCCGAUCGCGUCUUGUACAGUCCCUUUAUAACCUCCCGACUUUCACCUGUCUCUCUCUCUUUUAUUAUUAUUAUUUUUUUAUUUUAUACUACCGCCUCUAUUACCCCGUCUGUCACGUGUUUCCGGUUUGAACAAGCCGGAACUGCAAGAAUCCACCUUUGUUUCUGUCAAAAAUCUCUCAACUCGCAAAUCUUUGAAAACAAAAAACAAACUCAACUGUCCCUCACAAAUUUCUCAAUUUAUUUUAUUUUAUUAUUAUUUUUUUUUUGUGGAAAUAUUAUUAUUAUUAUUAGCCCGUUCUGUUACGCGCGUGAAAGAGCGUAUGUCAAUUCCUUCUCAAUUUUUUUUUAUUUUUAAAUUUUUUUAAAUAAAAUUCAUUUGAAAAUGCCCCCCGGCUCCUCCCGUUUUAGUUUGUUGUUUUAAUUAUGUAAUUUUUUUUUUUUUUAACUUGUGCAAAAAUAAAACCCCGAUUGGGUUUGGCAAAAAGACACACAAAAAAAAAAGAUUUUGAGAGAAAAUGAUCGCGCAUUUGAUCCCCUCCCCCAUUUUUUUUUUUGUUAUCUCACACGAUUGUACCAUUCCCUCCCAACUCAUCCCAUCUGCCCUCUCCCUCAAGCGCACUCCCUCCUCCAUUUGAUCAAUAAAAAGAAGACAAAAAAAAACAAAACAAAUGAAAUUCCAA